GCCAAGAUGACUCGGAAUUGCAGCGGUGGCUGCGUUGGCACACCCAAAUUGCGUGCCUUUUCCGCCGGUGGCGAGGCCGGUGCCGCGUGGCGGCUUGUAUGAAUCCAAGUGAUGAGUGGUGAAUGGGAAGCUUGGGAUACAAAGCGCUCGAUCUUCAGGCUUUAGGAUACCGUCGCUCUCUACUGCUCACUCAUUCGUUCAUUCUCCUUUCUGGUUCAAAGAAAGCAUCAAAGGACUCGCUGGUCGAGCAUUUCUUGAAAGUCUUCUGGCUUCAUCUUUCAGCAAGUUCCCUCCAACCUUUGACAAUUGCUUGCACCAUGCGUUCGUGCCGGCGCAUUCCUUUACCGGUGCAGGCGGGUUGGUCUUGCACUUUACUCUUCGUGCUCUUCGUCAUCAGCACACAUGGCAGGCCAUCUCCCCUUGGUUCACCCUCCAGAUUUCUCUCCUCUGCCGAGAAAAUUGAAGCCGAAAUGAAGGGCUCGCCGUCCAAUCUGGUCUCGAUUGCUAAGAAACCAGCACCCGAUGUUCCACCCAAUCAGCACAGCUUGCUCGAACACGAAGGCGUCCGAUAUCCCAGUCCGGAGCGCAAGGAAUACCAAGAAGAAUUUCGCCGUGUCUACACUCCGCCACUGACAGCAGACUCUGAGAGGGUGCAAGCUUACUACGAGGACCUCAAAAAGAAAAUGAUCAACAGUGGUGCUUGGGGUACGCCUCGUAUCAAACAUGCGCUCGGGUAUGCCCCCGAGCUGCACACGGGUUUCAUGCAUGGGCGGGUGCAUGAGGUCGCUUCUAAGCGGAUUUUGGACGAGCAUAGCGACAUCAUCAAGGGCGGUAGCUCUGGCCUUCGCAGGCGAGCACUGCCUCAGAAGCUCGUCGACCCCCGCACCGCUCUCCAGCCACUCAAAUCACCCUUGCUGGUCAAGCGUGAGCUUGCGCGAAUCUUAUCCCUGGCCAAGAAGCCCGCGAAGGGGAUCCCCGAAAGCGAGCACAGCUUGCUCGGUCAUGCCGGUCGACCUCCCUUGACGUUGAAGGAGCUGGAGACGGCGCACGUUCGCAAUCAUCCUUCUUGGGGAUAUCACCCUCCCGCGACCAAGGAAGAUGUGGACUUUUCUUACGGGCGCAUGAAGAACUUCAUGAAGCAACAGGGUGGAUGGGGUACGCCCAGCUUUCACAAGAAUUUGGACGAGUUCAUCUUGGGCACUGGGAAGUGGCAGGACGCUGGUCACCAAGCUCGCGAGAGAAUCAUCAGAGAGCAUUUGAGCAGCAUACACGCCGCCGGACAGAUGCAUCCUCUGUCGCACAUGUAUCCCGAAACAAAUCCUCCAGUCAAGGGUGUCUCAGCUGCCUUGCGAAAGUCGAACGAGCCUUUGCGCCGCCGAUCGGAUCGCAACGUCCACGUAAGUGAUCAGGCGCUCAAAUUGUCCGAGUCACGCAGAAUCACCGCGGUAGACACGAUAGAGAUGUAGGGUACUGCCGGUGACGCAUCUCUUUCAAACUUGCGACGUAGAAGCGUCGAAUCAAAUUGCCGACCUCGGCUAGACGCAUCUGACUGCUAU